GUAAGACAAACAUAUUUCUGAUUGUGCUUUUGAACAUGGAGCUGCGCCACACAAGCCUGCUGCUGUCAGAGGGAGAGUCUUCUGCUCAUCCCGGGGCAUUCGGUCCAUUUCGUCUCCGUCAUCAUGCAUAAGAACAUCUUGGUAACCGUCCAGUAAGCAUAGGAGAGUCUAGAGACUGUACCGGUGCUCGUAAGCUUCCUUAAAUGUACGAAAUUUAGCCAUAGUUUACUCUCUCUCUCUCUCUGUUUGAAUAACUCAUAACCCUAUCUAUCAACGUUUUAAAUCACGAUACAGUGCUGCAAGGGCCUGGUCCAGACUUCGAGACCGACAGAAUGGCAGAUUUUAUCGUGAACACUACCAGCGAUGGACAAGAAUUCGACCCAGAGCGAUGGAAAAACGUCACGCAGAAUGGAGAAGCUGGCGAGUCAAGACUUCCAGAACGGCACCCUGAAACCGGCAUCAACGUGCUAGUCGUGGGCGCUGGGAUGGGCGGGCUGAUGACCACGUUAGAGUGCUGGAGAAAGGGGCACAACAUCAUUGGCAUCCUCGAGAGAAAUGACGGACCUGUCUAUUCAGGAGACAUUAUCGUCAUGCAGCCCUCUGCCAUCUCAGUGAUCCGCCAUUGGCCGGAUAUGUGCCGCGACAUGGAAGAAGACCAAGUGAACGCGAGCGUGAGCUACGAGACCCACGACGGAAGGCACAUCUACGGUCCGACGGUGCCCUCGUUCAACGACCCCGAGCACAUCGCCACGCGUCAAGGAUCACCAUACGUGGCUCCCGCGCAGAUCCGGCGGAAAUUCUACCGCAUGCUCCUGCGGCAAGUUGCCAGACUAGGCUUUCGAGUGGAAUACGGCAAGCCGGUCCGGGACUACUUCGAGGACCGGGUCUCUGGAAGCGGCGGCGUGGUGCUCGAGAACGGCGAAAUCCGCCUGGCGGACAUCGUGGUCGCAGCGGACGGGCUCAAGUCUAGCUCGGACAUCCUCAUUACAGGCGAACCCCGGCCCACCAAGUCCAGCGGGCUCUCGAUCUACCGCACUGCGUAUCCCAAGGAGCUCGCGAUGAAAGACGAGUGCGUGCGCGAGCGCUGGGGCCGCUCCCCGCCCACCUGGGAGUACUGGCUGGGGCCAGAUAUGUACCUGGGGGUCUUUGUCGGGACGGACAUCAUCUCGUGGGGGUUCACGCCGCGCGAUACCGACGGAGCCCCCACCGAAUCCUGGGAGCCGGACACGAACCCCGAAGACGUGGUCAAGGCAAUGUUGCGCGUUCCGGGGUGGGAUGCGGCCGUGCUAGCCCUAGUGAGGAGCGCGCCGGCGGGGGCCGUCGUGCAUUGGCCACUCCUCUGGCGCGAUUUACGCCGCGAGUGGACUUCGCCCGCCGGCCAUGUGGUCCAGGUAGGUGAUAGCGCACAUAGCUUUAUCCCAACGUCCGGCAACGGUGGGUCGCAGGCCCUGGAGGAUGCCAUCACGCUCGCGACAUGUCUGCAGCUUGCGGGUGGAGUGCGCAAUGCCCCGCUGGCCACGAAAGUGUACAAUCUCCUCCGGUUUGAGCGCGUGAGCUGUGCGCAGAAGAUGUCCUUUGUCAAUUCGCAGCUGAAGACCGCCACGGACUGGGACGCUAUCUGGAAGGAUCCGUCCAAGAUCCGCACGCGGUUCCCCAGCUGGAUCUUUCAGCAUGACCCGGAGUCGUAUGCAUAUGAGAAGUAUGGCCAGGCCUUUGCGCAUUUAGUGGCCGGGGCUGGGUUUACGAAUACCAACUUUCCCCCAGGCCACAACUUCCGUCCUUGGACAAUCGAAGAAGUAUAUCGGGAUCUCAAGGAGGGGAAACGAGUGGAGGAUCUCUUGGAUGGAGAUUGGUCUUGAUGCUUUUGUAGAUUCCCUGUGAAAUAAGCGUUAUUAUAAGCGUAAUUAUAACUAGAGGAUGAGUGUGA